AUGCUUUCUCUCUUCCAUUCUCCCAACUACGUGAAAGAUCAUGGCCUGGAUCUCCAACGAUGGCCUUGGCGCCAGGGAAUCAAUUGCAGAAGCUCAUAUGGUAUUUCUCCCACAGCUAAAUCUCAGAAAAUAUCUUGGCUUAUCCAUAAUCAGCUAGUGACCGAGCUCUACAAUCCAGCAAACCAACGAGACCCCGCCAGAAUCCAUGAGAUCCAAGCACGCCUUCAACAGCUCCAAAAGACCGAGAAUGCUUGGGCGAUUGCAGACUCCCUUCUGCAAAAUGAAAAUUCAUCCCAGCAUCGCUUCAUGGGUGCCCUUACCUUCACGGUGAAGAUCAAUGUCUCAUGGAACGAAAUCGACGAGCAUGGCGCGACCGAAGUCAUGCAACACCUGAUUAAUCGAUUCGUACACAUGGUUAACAAGGGCGAACAGGCAUUGGUGGUACGAAAGCUGGCUUCCAGCUUGGUUGCUAUUCUCAAGCAUCCGGCCACCCCUUCUAAACAAGCUGUCUGGCAGCUAGCUGCGAGUCUCGUGAACGGCGGAUAUGUCUCAGAAGAAUUGGCACGAGGUGUGGAUUUUCAAGCAAGGAUACUGCCGGAGCUGAACACCAACGCGUCGGGUGCACUCCUGUUUUUCUCCAUUGCACUCGCCGAAGAGGCACUUCGGGCCGACUCUGAGACUCAAAAUGGAGCCGGAGACGGCUCUGCUCUCCAGCGAGCUCUGUUGAAUAUGAAAGACGGUUUAUCUUUGGUCCAAUUCGUGUUGAACGGCAUCAUGCAACAUGCACGUGCUGCUGGUGAUGAUGCAAUCGAUGCAGCAUUGGCUGCAGAAGCCAUGAGCUCUUGGAAGACGUGGCUGGGCUUCCACGGAAUCCGCCAGCGCUCCGUCACAGACGACGUCAACGCACUGGCUAUAAGCUGCGGGAAAACAGUUAUAGAGACACUGAGGGUACCCAGCUUGAGUGAGAACGCAGCCUCAAUUUUGACUCAAGCUUUUGAAAGCCGUCGUUGGGUCUUUGAUGCCAGCUCAUUAUGUCUCGUUGCUGAGGUGCUCGCUGAUUCCAUUGUGACUGCUCACAUCGCUGCAGUGAGCAAUGGAGAUGAAGGUGUUGAAAGCAUGUCAUUCGUCGAUCUUCUGAUAGCUUAUGUCUCGCAUCUGCACUUGGAUGUCUUCACCGCUCCUUUAUCCCUACAAAACGAAAACAUUCUUCGCCUCGUCCACGGAAUCUUUAAGACGCCGGGUUAUGCAUCUAUUGACGACCUCGGCACCCCGCGUGUCUUGGAGUUCUGGAAUGAGAUCGCCGAGAGUCUUCUUGAUGACCUCGAGCCAGAUAACCCCAGAUACGGCUUGAUCAAGUCGCAUCUGGCUGAAGUGGUCUUGAGUCUCUCAAGUAAACUGCUAUAUCCUACCUCUGAUGAAUUAUCAGACUGGAGUGAUGAAGAGCGCAGCGAGUUUGGAGCUUUCCGUCACGAGGCUUGUGAUUAUCUUCUCUCGGCAUAUCCCAUCCUUGGCGUCGAGCUAGUGACUGUCUUCCAGAGAAGCGCAACUUCACACCUUCAAGGUGGCGAUUGGCGCAACUUUGAAACUGCCAUGUUUUGCAUAGCUCAGCUCUCGGAAGCAGUCGACGAGAAUGGCCACGCUGACCAAUGCCUCGACGCCAUCUUUGGCAGCGAUGCCUUUGCCCAGCUCUGCGCUGGUGGGGAGACCGGAAUUCCGCUCAAAGCUCGCCAGACCUUGGUUGAUUCAUUCGGGAAAUACGAGUCAUAUUUCGAAAGACACAGCUCAUUACUACCGGGGGUUCUCAAUGUUCUAUUUGAGUCACUCAGCUUUGAGCUGUGUGCACAAGCGGCUUCGAGAUCUAUUCUGACUCUUUCCAAAUCUUGUGCCCGAGUCUUGACUUCAGAUCUGCCUGCUUUCCUGGAUCAAUUAGACCAAUUCAGAAGCAAGCCAACAGCUACCGCUUCAACAAUGCCGAAGGUCCUCGAGGGAAUUGCGACUAUCAUCCAGAAUCUAUCAACAGACGAGGAAAAAGUCCAGACGCUCGAACGAAUCCUUGGCUUCUUUGUUCAAGAGGCUAAUACAGCCCGGGAAGAAGUCAAGGGCCCUGGCCAUGAAUACGGACGUCUGCGGGGACAUCUGGUCUUAAGCUGCAUCGCUAGCAUCGGAAAGGGCCUUCGUUCAGAGACCGAGACAAUCAGCAUCGAUGACUUGCAAGAUGAAGGACCCUAUCCCGCAUCAUUUUGGAACUCUGGACCCGGUGCCGAAUCCCAACGUCUGCUGAUGGAAGCCAUGCGACUUCUCAUUGUCGAGUUCCCCGUGGACAACGGUAUCAUUGAAGCAGCUUGUGAUAUCUUGAAGGCAGGCUACACGGAGCGAGCUGGACUCUUCGUUUUCCCACCUUCAAUGACUGUCGACUUCAUCAAAAGCUUCCCUCUCGGCAUCUCAGGCACCGACAUGAUUAUGGCAACUGCAUCAUCUUUCUUGGCUUCUCACGCUUCCCACGCAAUGCAGAUUCGUGCUGAGGCCGAGGCGCUUACUGACCACGUUGCCCGACUAUUCUCCUCAAUGCUCCAAAAUCCCGACUCGUAUGAUCCAGAGACUGCGAAUGCCGGUAUCGACUUCCUAGCCCGUCUCCUGCCAAAGUACUAUCCAAUCCUAUUCACUCCUCUGGAGUCCCACGCCGAGUCUCCUCUCGCCGUGUUGCUUCAUUUCAUCCUUCACGCAUUGACGCGCCCAGAGCCACUCCCCCUUCGGGCUGCAUCUGCGUUCUGGGUUGCGUUGGUCGAUCUCCGCAGUAAUUCACCCGAAGCAACCAACACGAUCGAAUCUGUCAAUCAAGAAUUCAUUCCUCGUCUAUGCUAUACAAUUAUCCAGCAAAUCGCAGGUCGCUGCGCAAGAUCCGAUCUGGUAUCCUUGAACGACGCCCUGCGACGCACUGUAUUCAAGAAAAUGGCACUCGCGCGACCCGCUCUGAAAGCCGCGCUUGAAACACUCAACGCCCAGGUCACUGAUGCCAAUGGCCAGCAAGUACCCGUUCUCUCGGCGCAAGAUAAGUCGCGCUUCCUGGAGGGUCUCGUUAUCGCCCGGGGUGCCCAGAAGCCCUCCUUGGAUCUUGUGCGGGCUUUCUGGCUGAAAUGCCGGGGGAUGAAUUUUGAUUAUGCACAGUAA